UUCUUUUUGGUUUCUCCUCUGACCAGAUGAAGCAGGGUGAGGCGAUGUCAUUACUGAAGCAGCUCCUGCCCCUCGCUGCUCUCCUCCUUCUGUCCAUCGUUCCCACAGAUUCUCGAGUGGUGACAUCAGUGGAAGACUGUAAUGAGUUUUUUCUGCAGCAAAUUCCACCAAACAUCCCAGGAAUUUUGGAGGGAGGGAACACCCUUGACCAGAACAGGUACAAAGUGAUCUGCCAGACUUUGAGAAACAUCAGGAGGUUUGUGACACUGUACGACACCAAGAACAGGAUUCCAGUUUUUUCUGCUGCAGAGUACAGAGGUGGACCUGCAGGCAAGAGGCCCAAGAUCAAAUGGAUGAUUGAACCACAGCUUGAAAACAUAAAUGACAAUGACAAUAUGAUACCAGCAGACAAGACAAUCACCUACAACCACCAGGCUGGGGACAUUGAUUACUACAAACAGACAGAGUUUGACAGAGGGCAUUUAUUUCCAAGUUUGUAUAAAUCUGAUGAAGUUGACAAAAGAUCUACCUUUACCCUGACUAACGCUGUUCCUCAAAGAAGACAAUUUAACAAUGGUAGGUGGAACAUGAUGGAGAGAUGUGUUAAAUGCAUUCUGGAUAAUUACUGCAUUAACAACAAUGACAGAAGAGAAGGCUUUGUAGUGAUUGGAGCACAGCCCGGGAACGAAAACCCACUCAACCAAAGGAUAAAUAUUCCUUCAGUGCUGUGGUCGGCAUUCUGCUGUUACAGUCACAGUAAGGAGAGCUGGCUGGCGAGUGCCCACUGGGGUGAGAACAAAGAUGAUGGCCCGAAUCUGCAGACCAAGACCUUGGCAGAACUCCACACAGAGCUGGGAAUUGAAGCAUUUCCUGGAACACAAUGUCCUAAUGACACAAGUGUUACUGAGCUUUACUCAGAACCUGAGUCACUGUGUCACUCUAAAUGCCGCCAAUAUUGGAACAGAAAGAAGAGUACAUCUACUCCUCCUACAACCACAGCCCUUCAGAUUCAACACCUUUGUCUUCUACAUCUAACUCACCGAUCCCUCCCAGCACCACAUCUUUCUCAUCACCUGGAACAUCUGCCCCACUUUCCCCCACAGUUCCAAAUUACAGUACCACAUCUGGUAAGCCAACAACUGGCCCUCUGGGUACUACAACCAGUGUCUACUGCUGCAACUGUCUAGAUUUCUAGCACAUUUUUCAAAAAGUUUCGAGUAAAUGAGAGUGAUGAGAUUCCUCAUAAGGCUGGUGUCUUGGAGUAUAUCAGAAGCAUUAUUGUGAAAUGGAAGGGCAUCAUCAGUUUUUCUCAGGUUUAUUGAUCAUUUCAUGCUGUUUUUCUUACCAGAGUCUCUCUAAACAUUGUUCUCUAACAGACAGGUACCAUAGACCACAUCACAAUCUAAAUAUUGUUGAUGCUUCAUAAACGAAGCUUGCAAUCCCAACUUUUGGCUGAAUAAACAACAUCAACAUUAAAAUUUUCCUAAAACAAGUAGAGAAGUUAAAAAUAAAAGAAGUUGGAUUAUAUCUUUCUAGCAAAGAUAUAUAUAAAGCAUUUAUUAUGCAUAAAGGGAAAUUUAGCAUGGUUUUAACAUAAGCAGUUAUAUUACAUUUUUAUCAUAAAUGUCUAAUUUAAACCACAUAUUUAUUAACCAUUCAUGCCUGAGAUGAUAAUGAAGUAAAAGGUACAGAUGUGAUUUAAUGAAAUAAUAAUGUUUUUGUUUCAGGGUUUUUAUAAAGUAUUUCUUAAGUUGUGGUUCCUGCUUUGUAAUCUCCAUGUUUAUUUUUUCUUGCGUUUAUAAUGAUCAUAUUUUACUAGUUUCUAUAGUUUUGCUUUUGGUACUUUGCCUGUCUCAUGUGCUUUGAUUUUAUGCCUUUAUUUGCCCUCCUGAGUGCCGGAUUGAUUCUUGUGCUUUAUCAGAUUUACUUUCUUUGUUUUUGUCUUGUUGACAUUUAUUCUUCCUGCAUUUUGGGUAUUUUAUCUGCCAGCGCUGUUAUUUUACUUUUACUUAAGAGUCAGAGUUCAGCCAUCAUUGUGAUUAUUACACUGUACUCAUGUACAGUGUAAUACAGUGUACUCAUACUCAAAGUAAAUGAUGUGACCAACAGUAACUGCUUUGAGAUCAUCUCCCUCAAAUAUUGAAAUACAACUUUACAUUUUAUUUGAAAAUGUCAGAAAUUUAUCAAAUAGCAAAAGCAAAGAAGAUUUGAGACGAGAUUUACACACACUGAUGUGCUGGUUUACAGAAGAAUGUUUAAUGAUGUGUUCAACAACAGCUACAGAGAUAAGAUAAUUAUUUAAUUGAGCUGUAUUUAAGUAUUGAGCUGUAGUACCAGCCAGUGAUUGACUGGAGGCUAUCCCAGCUGUCAAAGGGUGAGAGGAGCUAUGGACAAAUUACCAGAACUGUUGAGAGACAGAUCUGAGAAUAACCAUAUAACCCAACACAUCAUUGAACUGUGGGUGGAAGCUGGAGUACCUGGAGAGAACCCACACCAGCACUGGGAGAAGAUACAAUCUCCACACUGAAGACCAGGAAACUGAUGGAUUCACACCCAGGACCGUCUUCCUGUGAGGCCGUGGUGGUAAUCACCGUAUCAUCAUGCAGCCCAUGUUGAACUGUUGUUGUUGAAAUGUUAUUGUGGUUCUAAUAAAUGACAACUGGAGCAUCAAAGAGUGCAUUUUGUGUUUUCUGUAGGAAAAUACACUUCAGCAUUUCAAAAAGGCAUCAUUUUAAAUCUGGGUAAAGUAUUUUUAUAGGAAAUCAAAAAGGAUCAAACUGUUAUAGAGG